AUGUCUAGCCAUGGAUCUUCAUGCGGGGCAUGUAAGUUCUUGAGGAGGAAAUGCAUUCAUGGUUGCAUUUUUGCACCAUACUUCUGUCACGACGAGGGCGCGGCCCACUUUGCCGCAAUCCACAGGAUCUUCGGUGCAAGCAAUGUGUCCAAGCUACUGUCCCACCUUCCGGUCCACUGCCGCAGCGAAGCCGCCAUCACCAUCUCCUACGAAGCGCAGGCUCGUGUUAGAGAUCCCAUAUAUGGUUGUGUUGCUCAUAUCUUUGCACUUCAGCAACAGGUAGCCAAUUUACAAGAAGAAAUAGAACUUCUUACGACUCACGCGGGACAUCCAAUGGCUGAAGUCGUCGGAUAUGGGAGUUCUCAACUAAUCAAUGGCAUCAGCGACUUCCAAUUUUCUUCCCAGCAAGAUGAUCUGAUGAAUUUUCGCGACCCAUCCGAUCAACAAGUUCCUCCGAGUGUAAACGGCAAUCACGCCUUCAACAGUGGUGAUAACUUACAAAUGCCUCCCUUGCAAAGAGAGGACAUGGACAAGUGCAGUGAAUUUGCAAAUGACCCAAAUUCUUCCCUAGAGCGACUUUGUUUAGAUGUGGACCCACAGGUCUUGCCCAAUGGCCCAUGGUUUGAUCAUGUUAUCUAUCCUUCAUACUGAAAUGGGUCUGUUCAACAUAGAACUGAGUUUUAAAGUAGGAGCCUAUCAUUUUUCAAAAGGAAAAGC